AUGGCGCAGGAUGUGGGAGCAACGCCGCAUGCCUCGGACCUGGACGAGUGUGGGCAGCGCUUCAUGAAGGCCUUUGAGAUUCAUGCGGCCGUGCGUCGAUGGCACCUGAGAACACCCAAUUCCGAAGCUUUCCUGCAGCAUUUGAGCUCCGAGGAUCUGUGCUGGGCGCUGCAUUCUGACUGCCAGGGCACUCUUGUGGACCGGAUCCUGGAGGUCCUUGGCCAUGACUUGGACUGGCCAGCCUUGCGUCAUGUGGGACUUGGGCUCUGGCUGCGAGACCUCCAAGCCCUCAAGAAGGUGCUGGAGCAGCUGCCUCGAGCCCUCCUUCGUCGGCAGAGUGCUCCGGACAAGGCCAGACAGCGGCUAUUGGCCUGA